AUGAGCUCGGCGCUGGCUCGCUGCUGCCUGCCCGCCGCCCAGGAAGGCGCUGAGCUCAAACCGGCGGCCGCGGCCCAGCGGCACCUGCGCUCCCGCCGCCCGGCCCGGCCGCUCCGCCGCUCAGGAGUGCGGGGGGGUGGUGAGGGUCCCGGUGUUAAACGUGUCGGUUUCCCGGAGGAGCGGCACCAGGGACCGGCCCAGCCCGGGGCUGUUUGUCCUCAGCCGAGCCCGAGGGUGUUUGUCCUGACUCCGGUGGGAACUGGCUCGGAGCCCUGUGAACUGCAGCCCUGGGAACUGUUCCCUUCCCAGGCUCUUUCAAGCCUGUGUGUCAGGAGAGCCCAGCUGGUGGGAGUGGGGAGCACGGAGUGUGUGAGUUUAGAGAUGGGCCGUCACUCCUCGGACACCGAAGACGAGAACAGAAGCAGAAGGAAGAAGAAGCACCGCAGGCGUUCGUCUUCCAGCAGUUCCUCGGGCAGCAGGACGUACAGCCGCAAAAAGUCCGGAAGGAAAUCAAGGUCGCGCUCUCGAGAUCUCCAGUCUCGUUCUCAUUCUUAUGAAAAAAGACGCAGGCACAGGUCGAGCAGUAGCUCUUCAUAUGGCUCGAGAAGAAAACGCAGUCGCAGCCGAUCGCGGGGCAGAGGCAAAUCCUACAGGUCUCAAAGGUCGAGAUCAAAGAGUAGAACGAGAAGGUCACGCUCGAGAGCUCGUCAGCGUUCUUACAGUGGGAGCAGCGAAAGGUCCAGCCACAGGAGAACCCCCAGCGGCUCUCGGGAGCGAGAGCGGCGCAAAGGCCGAGACAGGGAAAAGGGGAAAGAGAAGGGCAAGGGCAAAGAGAAGGAGACGUGCGGCACCAAGCCUGGGGACUGUGGCAACAUCAAAGCUGGAUUAGAACAUCUGACUCCUGCGGAACAGGCCAAAGCGCGAUUGCAGCUGGUUCUUGAGGCAGCUGCUAAAGCAGACGAAGCAUUAAAGGCUAAAGAGAGAAGUGAAGAAGAAGCCAAGAAAAGAAAGGAAGAAGACCAAGCCACCCUGGUCGAGCAAGUGAAGCGAGUGAAGGAAAUUGAAGCUAUUGAAAGUGACUCCUUUGUUCCUCAGACGUUCCGAUCGAGUAAAGAAGUCAAAAAGUCAACGGAGCCUCCUGAUCUACCAUACGAACCUGUAACUGUCGGAGCGGGAGCUGCCGAUGCGCCUGCUCCUGAAAAAGAGCCAGCACCUGCCAGUAUUCCCACUGCCAUCAAAUACCAAGACGACAAUUCUUUAGCGCAUCCAAACCUGUUCAUCGAGAAGGCGGAGGCAGAAGAGAAGUGGUUCCAGAGGCUGAUCGCGCUGCGGCAGGAGCGGCUCAUGGGCAGCCCGGUGGCCUGAGCUCUCCUCAGAUCCUCCCAGCACAUCGCUCUCUUCUUCCCUUUUGAGGGGAUUUUAAUACUCAGUAUGAGCUGUACAGAGAAUAAAUAUUUCAUCUGAAUAAACAAGAAUGUUCUAUCCUCUGUUUUUCUCCUGAACUUAUUGGAGUGGACGGGAAGGCUAUCACAGCAGUGUCAUUUUCUUUUUUUGUACUGGAUUCCUCUGGGCUGUAAAAAACCUGACAGCCCAAGGAGAUGUAAUUUUAUACCUCCCGAUCAAAAAAAACCCCAUAUAUAUAUAUAUAAUGACGUAGCAGUUGAAAGAUAAAUGAAAAAUAAGAUGUCAAAGCAAGUGCAGAUUUACCAGGCGACUCCCCCGCUCCAUGUCCCGCAGCUGGAGGAUCCAGGGCAAGCGCUGUCCUGUGAGCGCCGCUUCCUGCCGCCCCGCGCCGCGGGAAUCCCCCACAUCUGCGGACGGGCUCCCGGCUCAGGGGCUCCUCCGGUUCCGGGUCCUGGCUCCUGCUGCUGGGCUUGAGCGGGGAGAAUGGUUUACAUUUCCGUGAACAUCUCCCGCUGCUGUCGGCGCCCGGCAGCGACCGCAGGAAAAUGUUAUGCUGUCCUUUGAAAGAAAUUUGUACAGUUUGCAGCAGGCUUCAGGAAAUAUUAUUUUAAGCACAUUAAAAUGUUCGAUAAUCUGGAAAAGAGAGCUUUCUAUGGAUACUUAAUGGGAAAUAAUAUAAAUAUUAUUGUGUGUAAUGGUACAGACCUUUGUUCAACAAGAUUAAUGACAUGCCAAUUAAUAACAGCUAUGUUAAUAUUACCUAAUAUUUCUGAACAGAGCGACUGUUUUCAGUCUACGAAGGCUCGGUUUGUCUAGGUGUGACUUUAAAAUGAUGAAAGAUUAGUCCUAUUUGAACAUAUAGCCAAUUUAGCCUGACUAUACCUACAUUAAAAAAUCUGCCCAUCAUCCAACUAAAUGUCAGAGAUCAACCAAAUAAAAUACAAUAGUGGUUAUUCUGAGGUACCUUAGCAGAGCUCUGAGAAAACUGUUCCAUCAGUAGAGCCACACGGAGCCCCCACCUCUGGACACCCCUGGUUGGAAACGACCACAGCAGCUUUCCCAGGUGAGCGAAGAAAUUCAUAAGGGUUAUUUUUAUUUUUCCUUAUUCUGCGAUCUGUAGUGACAAAAAAACCAGAGGAUGAUUCUGGAGAUGGACUUUGCUUGUCUUCCAUUUUUUAGAUGGCUGAUGUAAAAGGAAAAUGUAUUAAAUUUGCAUUCUCACACGUUUUUACUCGUUCUUUAUGAACAGUGUUAGUUGCACUUGGUCGUGUGUUAAACCCGCUGUGUUUCAAGACCUUGUCUGCAAGAAAAGUGGGAAAGAUUGUUUCUCUUGUUUCAUUUCAGCAUUUUCAAAUGAUAAAUAUCUGUCAUUGUUCUGUUUUCUAAUCUCCUGUUGUUUCUCAUAGUAAAUAAAACCUAUUUGAUGUCCAUGUAA